CACACACACACACACGCGCGCGCGCAAAGGAAGAGGAAAAAAGAGAAUAAAAGAAUUUUCGGAAACGAAGAGACAGAUGUGAGAUUAAGGAUGAACUCAAUGUGUAUGCUGAAGGGAUGAGAGAGAUAUCAUGGAUGGAAGUUUCAUCCGGUCAUCAGGUUUUUUCCUUCUGCACUUUUUAGACGUCACACAACAUUAAAAUGAAAAGAUGAACCGCCAUAAGAAGCCGGUUUCUGCUGGUCCUACCAAAACCUAUAUCAGAGGAAAACUGGGAGAGAGUAUCUUUAAAAAGGAUCCAGAAUUCAAUGCGACUGGCAGUAGCAUGCAGCUCAAUAAUCAGUACAACUCUCUGCAUGAUCCAUGCCUGAAACCUUUUCUCCAUCAUCCAGAGAGGAAAAAACAGCUGAGGAAAAUGGGGCUUAUCACAAAGGAUGACAAAGUUCUGUGCUCUCGGUCUGAGUUCACGCAGUGCAUGAACUAUAGAUCGGCUGUUCAGAAGAGCCGUGAUAAGCAUUCUCAUCAGGAAGUGACCAAAACCACAAAGAUGGACAGCUCUAAGAAGAACCCGAUUUCUGAUGCUUCUCCAGCACUUUUUACCAGAGGCAAACUGGGAGAAAGUAUAUUUAAAAAGGAUCCAGAAUUUGAUGUGACUAGCUCCAACAUAAAGCUCAAUCAUCAGUAUUCUUGUUUGCAUGAUCCAUACCUGAAGCCCUUUCUCCAUCAUCCAGAGAGGAAAAAACACCUGAAGAAAAUGGGGCUCAUCACAGGGGAUGACCAAGUUCUGUGCUCUCGGUCUGAGUUUAUGCAGUGCAUGAAUUACAGAUCGGCUGUUCAAAAGAGCCGCGAGAAGCAUUUUCUUCAGGAAGUGAUAUCACAGAACAAAACCGCAAAGAUGGACAGCUCUAAGAAGAAUCCUGUUUCUGCCGCUCCUUCCGUACUUUAUACCCGAGGCAAACUGGGAGACAGUAUCUUUAAAAAGGAUCCAGAAUUUGAUCCAACUGGCACCAACAUGAGACUCAAUAAUGAGUAUAACUGUCUGCAUGAUCCACACCUGAGGUCUUUUUUCCAUCAUCCAGAGAGGAAAAAACUCCUAAAGAAAAUAGGGCUCAUCACAGUGGAUGACCAAGUGCUAUGCUCUCGCCCUGAAUUCAUGCAGUACUUGAACUACAGAUCGGCUGUUCAGAAGAGCUGUGAAAAGCAUUCUCUUCAGGAAGAGAACGCAGUCAAACAACUUCUGCAGAUUGCAUGGUCUGCAUAUUAAAGGUCUGUUUUUCUUUUUUGGAAUUCCCGCAGGAUAGGAGUCAACUUCACUAUUCAUCAUAUCGUCUACAGUCAAUCUAUAGAUAAUCUGUUCAGGUAAACCUGAACACAGCAUUGAUGCUGGAGUGCAGAAUGUAAAAACAAGAUCAGAGACACUCCAGCUGUAAAAGAUGAAAAACAGAAGAAAGAAAAAGCACUUCUUCAGAAGAGCCUGGCAAGUUAUUACUUGUGGAGUUUUCACCUGUGGGAGACGAUCCAACAAGGACCAUCGAAUCGAGUAGCCCCCUCAAGCUCUAACUGCAGCUGCUUAGACUCUCUCCCCCUUACGUACACACACACAAACAUUUUUACAAUAUUAGAGCCCCUAGUAAAAUUGUAAAGACUAAAAUAAAGUAAAAGUAUCGCUCUUGUAUUUGAUCAAAAGGAAUCACUGUACUGACUAGUUAAGAAAUCAGUGCUCUUCUGAAUACUUAAGGAAGCACUGUGACAAAAUUAGUUAUACCAUUGACUAACUCGGGCGGCACGGUGGUGUAGUGGUUAGUACUGUCGCAUGGCGCAGGGUCCGGGUUCGAUUUCAGCCCAGGUUCGAUUUCUGCCUCUGUGUGCAUGGAGUUUGCAUGUUCUCCCCGUGCUUAAUGGGUUUCCGCUGGGUACUCCGGUUUCCUUCCACAGUCCAUGCAGAUUAGGCUAAUUGAUGUUCCCAAAUUGGCCAUAGUUAGUGAAUGAGUGUGUGAGUAUGUGCCCUGUGAUGGAUUCACACCCCAUCCAGAGUAUACCCGGCUUCGUGCCCUAAGUCUCCUGGGAUAGGCUCCAGGCCCCUCGUUACCCUGAUCACAGAAUGAAGCAGUAUAGACAGUAAGUGAGUAAUGACUAACCCAGUAUCUGAUGUGACCCAUGUGAGUAUAGGUUCCAUUUUUAAAUCUGGUUCUUCUAAAGGUGUGAGCGAGUUUUUCUUUACCACUGUCGCCUCUGGCUUGCUUUUGGGUAUAUAAAUAUACAACAGAUUUAUAAAAAGCUGAGUUGUGAUAAUGUUCCCUAUUAAUAAAAAGUAGUGUGAAAAAUGCAAUUCUGUUUUUAUUUAAAGAAACCUGUUCUUACUCCUAAUUUGGACAUUUGGUUAUCUGUUACUGUAUGUUGUAUAUAAUUUUAUUAUUUCCUUACUUCUUAAUGCAGUUUUGAAAAUUGUUAAUUAUAAGUAGUUUAUUGAUUUUGUAUGAAAUUUUCCUAUUAUGAGCAAAGCUACCUAAGCAGUAGGGGUUGUGGCGAAAAAAAAAGGAAGAAGCAGGAGGA